CAAGCAACCAACAGUCCUCAAAUACAGCCUGUGACAGUCCUGUUGAAAUGUGUCUUUCUGGUGAGUGCAUUGUGUACUAAAUGCCUUUAAAGGGACAUUUAGCUCUAUUUUAAAUAUAGAUGUAGUAUUUUAUGAUACAUUUACUAUGGCAUUUUUCAUGUAAAGAAGCAUAGGAAGAACAAUUCAUUUGUCAUACCUGAACUUGUUUGUUUGGUGUUUUUAAAUGAUAUAGGUCUACCCACUUUGUUAACAGAUGAUGUUUACAUACUGUUGUAAAAGCCAUAAUUUUCUGAAAGACCGUAACAGGAAGUAAAUAUGUGAGGCCCUUUCAACUCUGACAUCACCUAGUGUAUCAUCUGUUUCUUUGGAUUGAAACAUUAACUAACCCAACCCCCUAAUUUUGACAGUGUGGAAAAAUAAAUGGCUUUACAGUGUAUCUUGCAUAGUUUCAUAAAAGCCUGUGUUUUUUGUGUACAGGUGCCUGUAGCUCAGCAAGUUCAAAUUCCGUGGCAACAUCUUUCACACCUCUUCAACUGCCUGACAACAGCUGGUAUUACAGUUUUGAAAUUCCCUGGAAGAUGCAAUCUGAGACCAUCAAAAAACUGGACAUAGGGAAGCGCCCAACAAAAAGUGAAAGACUUGAAAUUGUACGACUCAUAGUCAAGGACAUAUUAACAAUAUGUCCAACUCCCUAUAAGAAACACAUUAGUGAGAUUGCAAGAAAAAUGGCCAAGAAAUAUCCUGGGGCAUUCAGUGAUGUCAUUGAAGGUGAAAUUGUAGGCAGUGGGUAUGAUUCAGUCACCAAACAGUUGAUCAACAGAGUAGAUAAUGCAAGGAGAGGAAACACAUCACUUUCCUUAAAGAGAAAAGCUGUUAGCAACAGUGCAGGCGGGGAUACUCCAUGUGGAAAAAAAAGACUAGACACUUAUGGGUGCAAAAACUGGCAACCAGUGGAUCUACCACCUAAUGAAACGCCUGAUUCCCAGAAAAGUGUACAGGAGGAAUUGAAGAAAAUGUUUAGAGAAAGGUGCAGUGACGCCAAAGGUAUCGAGCAUAUGAUGAGGGUCACCUUCUUCACCCAGAGAAAAGACAUCAUCAGUGGAAUUGAGACCUCUGAUUUGACACAUGAGAGGCCAUAUUUAUUUGACACAGUUGGCAUGAAAACUCAUUUCAAAGAGCUUACAGGAAUGGACAUAGAUGACAAAGCCAUAGCAAGUAAGUGCGCCAGGUUUCGUACUUCAAGUGAAGUGACAAGAGAGCGGAGAUGGAGACCAUCUUCAGGGAAAUGGAAACAUCAAAUAAGAAUGUGGAUGAUGUCAACACUGCGGGGCUUCUUGAGCUAGUUCUCAAGUACUUCAGAGAGAGAGAGGAUCAGAUGUUCCAUAAAGUUGAUCAGACAACCUUGCCUGAUGAAGUGGACUGUGCUGGACUUCCAAUUACACCCUGCAUAAUUGUGUGUGGACGUUCUCCUUUGACUGCAGAGUACUUUAUGUUAUCUGUGGACCAGGUCAUAGUUAACAGCCACAUCACCAUCUUCAGUGAUGCUGUCAAGUUGAUGUUUGCCUCAUACUAUUGCUUGAACAUUUCCUAUCCAGCUGACCAAGGAGCAACACUGGAAUUUGUGCAGAGAUGCCUUUUCAAGAUAAACCCAGAGAAGGGAUCUAAAAUCGAAAAGAACACAUCCAGAAAUCAAAAGGCAGUCAGUCCAAAGGUUCUUUCACUGUUUAGCAAAAUUGCAGACUAUGAAUGGAUGGAGUAAAAAUGGUCAAAUACUACUCCAUUAUUAAAAUUAUUGGCUGUGUCACUGAUUGAAACUACAUGUGCUUCUGUUGUUUCAAAUUUAAUUUUUUCAUUCUUGUAGUUGUAUGAAAGUUUGCAACAUUUCUAAUUUAGGCAGGAAAGUUCGAGAUCUAUGUCAUUUUUGUCAUCUGAUGGGUGUAUUAUUUUAAUAGUUAAGAUUUCAUGGUAAUAAGUGGUCUAGUUUUUAAGGCAGUUUAUGAAAUUUAAAUUUUUGUAUAAGUUGUAAUUUUUAUAUUGUUGCACUUUUAUAUUGGUAAAUUGUUGUAAUGAUUAACUAAUUGUUCUAUUGAUAUAUUGUCACAGUGCAUUUAUGAUCAAAUUUUCUAUUGGUCCAUUACUGUUUAAAAAAAGUUAUUUUUUUAUUAAAACCUGAAAAACACUCAACUUGAGGCAAAUUAUUUGAAUCGGUGAUCUUAUUGGUACUUUAAUGGUUUCUACAUAAAUUUCCACAAUAUGCAAGUGAAUCUUUAAUCUUUAGAUCUUAAAUUUAACAUUAUAAAAGUCAAGAAGUACAAAAAAAUUAUUGUGUAAAAUUACAGUUAAAAACUGUAAAAUCUUGUGUAAAAUUACAGUUAAAAACUGUAAAACCUUGUGUAAUAUUACAGUUAAAAACUGUAUUUACAACUACGGAAAAUUGCUGUAAUUUUAUGUAACGGAUAUUUUCUGUUAAUUUUACGGAGUUUUUCCGGCGCCCCAGCUGCCGGAAACUUUCCGUUUUUUUUUUUUACAGUGUACGGUUAAAUGAAUAGGUGAGUUUUGCUAGUGCGCAAGUCCACUUGGUGGUUGAUCACACGGCCGGGUCUGCUGACCACAACAUAAAAUUCAAUCUGCAUUUUUCUCAAUUAUUUCUUAAUGCGUAUUUACUUUAAAACCAGAAAUUACCUGAAUCAUUUUUCUCCUCUAUGCUUAAAUUUAGAUUUCUUUCC